AUGUCGCCUGCGAAGACGGCUGUCACAGUGCCCUUUGCCCAUAAGACGGCCAGUUUUCGGGUGUCAAACGUUCUGGAUCUCGGCUCAGGCAAGGGCUAUCUGGCCCGCAUCCUUGCUGACGGGUUUGGCCUGAAGGUGUGUUGUGUCGACAAAAACAAGGACCGUCUCAAAUCCAGUCUGCGCAUUCACAAGCUCAUACAACAAGAACAGGUGUCGCAGACCAGUCUAGGACCGUCUGGCAACCUUCACACUGUUGCUGCUCCCAUUGAGGAAUGGGACGAAUUCAUGGAUGAGGCUACGGCUUUUUUUAGACGGAACACCAGGCUCGACGAGAAAGAGCUUGACGUCGCCGUGGUGGGGCUGCAGCUGUGCGGUGACAUGGUGUACAGAGUUAUUGACCUGGUUUCAGGUUGCAACAGAGCGGGCAUUCGGCUCUGUGCAUUUUUGGUGGCCCCCUGCUGCUUGCAUAAAAUUGUUUCGCUCAGGUCUAAGGCGUACCAAACUAGUGAGGUUUGCAUAGAGAACAUAUAUAAAGACAUCCAGGAAUACCUGGUGGAAAGGGGAUUUGGAAAUGUGCAUUUGGGCUAUCUGAACAUUGGCUAUUACUAUAUUGAGGCCACAAGAAAUGCCUUGAGAUAA